UCCAAAGCAGCACAACCCGCUCUUACUCCCAACUGAAGCCACGUGUCACCAGAUACAGCUGGCACAUUUCAAUUCUCAUACUCUCUCUACCCUCCGUCCUAUAUAAAUCAGACCCAAUAAAGCCAAAAAUCAUUACUCGGAAUCGAAAUCACCAGCAAUCCAUUUUUAGUAAUUAUUUUCAGCAACCAUGUCUCAGCAACAGUUCAAGGCCGGAGAAGCACGUGGUCACUCCGCGGCAAAGACAGAGGAAUGGAUAGAAUCAGCUAAAGAUACUGCUAAUCAGGCUGCUGAUAAGACCACCGAUGCGGCCCAGUCUGCCAAAGAGAGUACCCAACAAGGCGCGGAAUCCACUGAAGGAUUUUUCCAGCAGACUGGGGAGCAAAUGAUGCAAAUGGCACAAGGAGCUGUGGACAGUGUGAAGAGUACCCUGGGAGUUGGUGAAUCUCAAAGCAAGAAGUGAAAAAUCUCUAUCUCUGCCCGUCUUCCUUUCUUGAAGGUUUUUGUUUACUACAUAUGGACAAGAAACUAAGAAAGCGAUGUAAACAUUGGGUCUUUAUCUAUCUCUCUCAAGCUCAUGUUUUUAUUCAUUGUUGGUGUGGUUUUUUUUUUUUUGAGAAAGCUUUUCUUCACGACAUGUAAUAAUGCUACUAUUUCGUAAUGGAAUGCAACUCUUCACAACUCGAUUACACAACCCCA